AUGGAUGACAUAAGCGUCUACAAAAAGUUUAAUUUUGAUCAAAUUAUCUUUUUUGCUGAUACCGUUACUGAGUUUGAAGUAUUUCUCAAAAUAUACAAUGAAGUUGCAAUAAGACCGAUAAAAAUAAUACUUGUUUUAUCGAACACGAAAAGUAAUCUUCGCCAAUACACAAAAUGUGCUUGGAAAUACGAUAUUGCAGAUAUUAUAAUUAUAAGUGUGAAUCAUAAUACAGAAAUUGCACUGAGCACAUUUCAGCCUUACAAAAAUAAUAUAUGUGGUGAUAUAACUCCGUUUGCUGUUAACGUAACUGAUUCCAGCUUAUUUAACAAAAAGUUUAAGAACUUUCAUAAAUGUCCCAUAAGAGUCGCUGUGCAUCCCGUUCAACCUUACCUCGAGAUGGAAAUGGAAAAUGGAAGUUUAAGGAGUAUUAAAGGAUUUAAUGCAGAUAUUAUAAAUAUAGUUAUAGAAGGGCUUAAUUCAACAAUACAAAUUGUACCGCCUUAUGGAAGUGAAAAGAAGAGGCAGUUGGCAAAUCUGACUUGGCCAGAAUAUAACACUAUUUUGACAAAUGAGUCCGAUAUCUUGAUACCAGCAAUAUUUCUAAACGAUCGAAGAUACAGCGAGUCUCAAAUUUCUUAUCCAGUCCAUUAUAUGACUUUAGUAUGGUGUGCACCAAAACAAAGAGAGAUAUAUGUCUGGGCGAAAGUGAUCCUACCAUUUGCGUCUCACACAACACCUCUAAUAGUAUUUGCUAUUGUGGCGUUUGUAAUAACAUUAAAACUGAUUUUUCGAUUCAAAAGUUAUAAGAUACCUAUAGUGCACGUGAUGUUUCAAAUCGUAUCUUUAUUUUUCGGACAAGGAGUGAAAUAUGAAACCAAAUAUUGGUUAAACAAUGUAACAUAUCUACUUUGGAUACUGUUGUGUUUUAUAUUGCGUAUUGCCUACCAAUGUGAUCUUAUCAAUGACCUUCACAAAGUUACUUUAGAACCGCCGCUUGUAACAUUUGACAAUGCUGUAGAGCAUGUGGAUGAAAUUGUCGCCGUCAAGUCGAUACUCGAUCUUUACAAAAAUGUAUCAAUAAUAAAACCGAUUCGAAUAAUAAGUGUUGAUGAUUAUAGUACUUAUCUCAAGAGACUUGAUGAAGGAGAAAGAAUCCUGGGAGCAAGUGACAUAACUCUUAUUAAGUAUGGAUUGUAUGACGUUCAGGUUUUAGAUGAAUUAGUGGGGAAUAUUCCAUGCUAUUACUUUAUGAGACCACGUUGGCUAGCGUCUGCGGACGUCACCGACAUGCUCCAUAGAGUAUCUGAAAAUGGAUAUAUAGUAAAGUUUUAUUAUUACUACCGAGAUUUGUGGAUGCGUCACAAAACAGGAAUAGAGAACAAUGAAUCCAUUGCAUCUCUCAAUAUAAGAAAAUUGAUUUCGUGUUUCUACGGAUUGAUAGCUAUGUAUGUAAUAUGUCUAUUUAUACUUUUAUUUGAGUUAUUUUGGCACAAGCUUAGAAACUCUAAAUAA